AGUUUAAGCAAGCGAACGAUGGUGAAUCGGAGAAGCCGCGCGAUUCAGGCUGGCAUUUGGAGUUGUAGUCGUAGGUGUGGGAGGAUGAGGAUGGGGGCAGCGAGACCGUACGCGCGCGCACAGUGGCCGGGGGCGAUGGAUGGUUCAUCGGGAAUCGGGAAAGGAGAAGACGAACACUCGACCGCGAAGCAAAAGAUCUCUGCAGUCAGUGGAGUCGCCCCCAUUUCCCGGUAAUCCACGACCCCACCUCACAUUACGUCACCCCUUCGCCGUAUUAUUGCCGCCCGCUGGUCGCCGACCCGCCACUCGCGUCUGUCCACGACGGGUGCGGAUGGGACGGAGGAGAAAUUAAAGGGGCAUGGCGGUUUCGUGUGCGGGUGGGACCGGUGGCACUGGAAGUGGAGGCGAUCUCAGCCGUCCGUCGCGAACGUUGCGGCUCGUAAACGGUCGUUCUGGGUGCCCGCGGUCUCGUCAUGGCUUUUCCUCUCCCUCCCACCACCGAGAAAAAGCAAGCAGCGUUGUUCCCUGCCGUUUUGUUCUCUACUGCGUGUUUUUUAUCCCUUUCAUGGCAUUCUGCGGCUGCCGUCGCUAACCACGAAGUCGCUUUUGCUAAUUAAACGAUGCGUGGAAGAGGAAAGAAAGAAAAAACAGAGAAAAACUCAGCUAUGCUUUGCGCGCGCAUAAAAACAGAGUGCUCGAAUGGGGAAGGGAUCGAGGGAGAGGAAGGUGAGUGGGGUCGCUGCGUCGUUGUCGUGAAGGGGGUUGUAGCAAGUCAGAUAUAAAAAGCUCUCCCUUCGCUGCUUUGCCACAUCGAUCCUUCCCUGCCUGCCUCUGCUGCUGCUGCAGCAGCAGCAGUGCGUCCAUGUGCACUCCCUCUGACGCAUGGAAUUGGAAUCCUCAAAGCCACCAUCGCCAUCCCUUUGUUGGUUUCCUCUCUCUCUCACUCGCUUUACAGUCGUUUGCUCUCUUGUGAUCUCGCUUUGUACUUGCUGUGGAUUCGGGGCAGAAGCUAGAUACAGGGGGAUUGAAUAUAUAGCCUAGCAAAUUAUUGGCCUCUAAAAGCCUUGCAUCGCUCUUUCUCUUUUCCCCGGCCCUCCCUCUCCCCCCCUCUCUCUCUCCCCUAAGUUAAGCCGCCACCAACACAUGUCUCUUGGCCGACCACCGUCACCGCAAACUUGGGCGGGAUCGGCAUGAGCGGCUUUCGGCCGGACGUCCACGUCGCCCAACAGAGCCGCCGCGACAAGCUCCGCCUCCAGUACGAUCUCUUUCAGCCCCCGCUCGACGCCGGCCUUGGCCUCGACUCGAUCAUGUUUUCCUCCGCGGCUUCGGCCGCCGCCCAGGAAUUCGCGGCUUCCGGCGGCCAGGUUCCUCUGGGCGCCACUUCGUCUACUGUGAUCCUGGGCGACGUCGCCCUCCAGCCUCAGUCCGCAUGCGACUGGACGCUGACGCCGCCGCAGCCGCCGCCGUACACUCAUCUCUACUGCCAUCAGCCCAAAAUCAGCGGGUUUACGACGGGGAUCCACGACCCAGCUGUCGCAGACUUGCAGUCGGGGAUCGCGCAGGCCCCGCCUUGCUCAUGGUCGACGGUCGACGGAUGCGGCGGCGCCGGCGAGGUGCAUUUCUUGCCAAGCUACGCCACGGACGCACACGGCGGCGCUGCCAGCUCCCUGAUGGACGCAAGGCACAUGCCUGUGGAGUGGACUGGCGUCGACGAGGCAGCCGUCGUGGUCGGAGGAGCAUCACGAGGCUUGUCAUUGACCCUAGCGUCGGUCGCUGCGGGGCCUUCCUCCGCGCACCCUAAGAUCUCAAUCUGCGAUAGGUCGUUCACCGGCAGCGGCGGGUCGCUGCAAGACGUGGUGGGCCGCGGCGCCGGCCCUCUGGGGCCAUUCACCGGCUACGCAACGAUCUUGAAGAACUCCCGGUUCCUGAGGCCGGCGCAGCUGCUGCUCGACGAAUGUUGCAGCUCAGUGACCGGCUCCAAGCUCUCAAAGCGGUGCUAUGGCACCGCCGAUCCGCCCAGCGAGAAGGACAGCGAAUCUAUCGGUUGCGCGAGUGCAGCAUCGACGUCGGCAUUGCAUGGCUCGGCACCGGAGGCGGCCCGAGUUGAGCAAGCAAGUGCCGGGACUACUUCCAUUACUUCUUCCAAGAUUCACCGGCCGGAGUUCCAACAGAAGAAGGCAAAGCUACUCCAAAUGCAAGAAGAGGUAUGCAAAAAAUAUAAGCAGUACCACCAACAAAUGCAAAUGGUAGUUUCCUCCUUUGAGUCUGUUGCUGGCCUCAGUUCUGCGAUACCAUACGCUUCGCAAGCUCUCAAGACCAUCUCAAAACAUUUCCGAAGCUUAAAGACUACCAUAUCAGAUCAGAUAAGGCACGUAAGCAAAGCCCUCGGUGAGGAGUUCAUCUCAUCGCCUAGUUCUACGGCGACACCACGGCUGAAGUACCUGGAUCAAAAUCUUCGGAAACAAAAGAUGGGUGAAAACAGUACUCUAGGUUUCAUGGAGAACAACCAGCCAGUUUGGAGGCCUCAGAGGGGGUUGCCAGAGCGCGCCGUCUCUGUUCUAAGGGCCUGGUUAUUCGAGCAUUUCCUUCACCCGUAUCCAACAGAUACAGAUAAGCACAUGCUAGCAACCCAGACUGGCUUGUCGCGGAAUCAGGUUUCUAACUGGUUCAUCAAUGCCCGGGUGCGAUUAUGGAAGCCUAUGAUAGAAGAGAUUCAUAUGCUUGAGAGCAAGGGAAUGGGUGGAAUGGAUCUCAAUUCAGCCAAUUCAAGAGACACAAGGCCUACUACAGACAACGGAAUAUGCUCUGCUAGCAAUCCGAGGCCACAACAGCAAUGUAUCGGACCAAUGAGCUGCACUUCCAUGUAUCCCGUCUUCAACAGUGAGAGCUGCCAGAAUCUGGAACCAUGGCAAGGCGACAAGAGAUCGAGGGUUGAGGAGUGUGAGAUGCUGUCAAGCAUGGAUGACAGCCUGAUGAGCUUCGCGACUUACCAGCAUGCAAUGGACAUCGGUGGGAUUGAAGCUGUGUCAUUGACCUUGGGCUUGAAGCACGACGGCGGGCCGCAAAAUCCUCAGCAAAUGAGGCCUUUUGGAACCCAAAUGCUCCACGACUUUGUGGGCUGAUGCUAGUUUCUGAUGGCGGUUGAUUUUCGCGCUUAUUCAGCUUUUGAAUCGGCUGUGUCAAUUGGUGCUUGCUUGAUGGAUGUUUGGUUGUUUGCUGUUUAUCCAACUGCAGUAUGGUAAUUCUUCCGUGUUUAUUUA